GUCUGUCCCAACUCACAUGGUAGCAGGGCUGGAAGUUUCUGCACUGGACAGCAAUCAUUUCCUACCUCUUCCUGUUGUCUUUACACAGAAAGAAAUGCCAGUCACCACAUGCAGCAUCCCCAAACAGGAAGACAUAGCACCAUGGCCAUAUUUAGGCAACGUUAUACUCCCGAGCAUCAGUUCAAAGGUGGAGCUGUUGAUAGGCACAAAUGCUCCAAAACUGUUAGAGCCAUGGGAGGUUAUAAAUAGUCAUGGUGGGGGUCCACAUGCAGUGAGAACAUUAUUGGGAUGGGUGGUUAAUGGGCCAUUUAGAUGGGGGAAUAGUGAGGCAGUGAGUGCGACUGUGAACAGAAUUUCAGUUGCAAAUCUGGAGGAGCUUCUGAUUUCCCAGUAUAAUCUGGAGUUCAGUGAGGUAGUGUCAGAAGAAAAGACUGAGCUGUCAGUAGAAGACAAACAGUUUUUAGAGAUAGCCAAAGAGGCAGUCCUACAGGACGGACACUACAGCCUGAAAUUACCCUUCAGAAAGCUCACGGUCAACCUGCCCAACAAUCGUCCAAGUGCCAAACAGCGCCUCCAAAGCUUGAAAAGAAAAAUGGAAAGGAACCAGCAAUUCAAACAGGAGUACAUUGCAUAUCUCAAUGACAUUCUGCAAAACAACUAUGCUGAGGAGGUGCCAGAGGAGGAACUCAGCCAGACAAAUGUUUGGUACGUACCACACCACGGAGUGUACCACCCCAAAAAGAAGAAACUCAGGGUGGUCUUUGACUGUGCAGCCACCUACAAAGGUGUGUCCCUCAACACAGAGCUACUGCAGGGUCCUGACCUGACAAACUCUUUGAUAGGUGUCCUUUUAAGAUUCAGGAAGGAACCCAUUGGGGUCAUGGCGGACAUCAAGUCGAUGUUCUAUCAGGUCAGAGUCGACAGGUCUCAGGUAGAUUACUUGCGCUUCUUGUGGUGGCCACAAGGAGACACUAGUCUGAGCCCAAAGGAGUACCGUAUGUUAGUGCACAUAUUUGGGGCAGUGUCCUCCCCAAGUUGUGCAAGUUAUGCCUUAAGAAAGACUGCCAAUGACCACCAAGAUAGUUUUCCUCCUCAGAUAGCUGACACCAUCCGACACAACUUUUAUGUAGAUGACUGUGUAAAGUCAGUGUCCACAGAACCAGAAGCUAAACAGCUGGUGAAAGACCUUACUGCAUUAUGCAGUAAGGGGGGGUUUCAGCUUACCCAGUGGGUUAGCAACAAUAGAGCAGUCCUAGCUUCCAUUCCCCAAGAGCAGAAGGCUAGGGAAGUUAGAACUCUAGACCUCGACAAGGAUAGCCUCCCCAUAGAAAGGGCUUUGGGUUUACAGUGGUGUGUGAACUCUGACACCUUCCAGUUCAACAUCAACAUCAUGGACAAGCCACACACCCGCAGAGGUAUCCUUUCUGUUGUGAGCUCCAUAUAUGACCCACUCGGCUUUCUGGCCCCUCUAAUCCUCCCAGCCAAGCAGUUGCUACAGGUGCUCUGUCAAAAGCGCUUUGGAUGGGACGAGCCCUUACCCCAAGAUCUGAGGGAUAAGUGGGUGGAUUGGACCAAAAGCCUGGAGGGCCUCAAAUGUUUUAGCGUGACACGUUGCUUUAAGCCUAUGGCCUGGGGAACACCUACAUCUGUUCAACUGCAUCAUUUCGCAGAUGCCAGUGAAGGGGGCUAUGGCACAGUGAGCUACAUUAGGCAGGUCGGCCCUCAGAGAGUUGUGCAUGUUGCAUUUCUUCUCGGAAAGUCCAGAGUCCCCCCACUUAAACAAAUCACAAUCCCACGACUAGAGCUGGCUGCUGCUGUACUCUCUGUAAAGGUGGACAAAAUGCUCAGGAAGGAAUUACACCCAGGCCUGCAGCCCUCCAUCUUCUGGACAGACAGUCAAACUGUCCUCAAAUACCUCCAAAAUGACCAGGCACGGUUUAAGACCUACGUGGCCAACAGAGUCUCACUCAUUCGUGACAACACAGACCUGUCUCAAUGGAAGUAUGUGGGCAGUAAGGACAAUCCAGCUGACGAUGCCUCCAGAGGACUGAGUACUGGCAGGUUCAUGCAGCAAAGGAGAUGGAUACAUGCUCCUGACUUCUUAUGGAAAGCAGAGGAAAGGUGGCCUGCACAGGAAGCAUGGGGCUCCAAGUCAGUGUUACAGGAUGACCCAGAAGUCAGAAAGAACACUACUGUCUUCACUACAGUGGUAAACACUGAAACCCCCACAAACCAGCUGCUUUCCUUCUUUUCAAACUGGAAAAAGCUCCUUAGAGCAGUGGCAUGGUAUCUGAAGAUGAAGAACAUUCUAAGCUUGCUUGCUAAAAGGAAAAAGGAACUCCUCUCAGGUCAAACUGCCACCCGUUCACACAGUUACAACGUGAACAAGGAACUUAAAACUUUCAGGUCCACACUUGGUGGACAGCGCCUCACAGUGGAAGAUGUCUCGCAGGCCGAAAAGUCAGUGAUCAUCCAUGUCCAAAGACAAUCAUUCCCUGUGGAGAUGGCAACACUCAAAACGGCUUCAUCUAGUGUUCGUAAGAGCAGCAACAUCAGCAGGUUAGAUCCCAUGCUAGAUGAAGGCAUGUUAAGGGUAGGGGGUAGGUUGCAUAGAUCUGCAAUGCCUGAGGAAGCCAAGCACCCCUGUAUCCUCCCCAAAGAUGCUCAUAUCUCAACUCUCAUCCUGAGACACAUUCACGAACACACUGGACACAGUGGUAGGAACCACAUGCUUUCUGAGCUCCGAAAGAAAUACUGGGUGGUAAAGGGAAACUCCGCAGCCAGAAAGGUGAUUUCAAAGUGUGUUGUGUGUCGACGUGUGAGAGGAAAAACAGGAGAGCAAAAAAUGGCAAGUUUACCCCAAGAGAGAAUCCUCCCUGACCUCCCUCCCUUUACUAAUGUCGGGUUAGACUACUUUGGCCCAAUCACAGUUAAAAGAGGGAGGAGCCUAGUCAAAAGGUAUGGGGCCCUCUUUACCUGUAUGAGCAGUAGAGCGGUGCAUUUGGAGGUAGCCUACACACUAGAUACUGACUCAUGCAUCCAUGCUAUAAGGAGGUUUGUCUGUAGGAGAGGACAAGUUAAGCACAUUCGAUCCGACAAUGGCACUAACCUGGUGGGAGCUCAAGCUGAGCUCAAAAAGGCCCUGAGUUCACUAGAUGACCGGAAAAUCCAAGGCUCCCUUCUCUCUGAGGGAAUUCAGUGGACAUUCAAUCCACCCGCAGCCUCCCACCACGGUGGAGUCUGGGAGAGGCUCAUCAGGUCUGUCAGACAGGUACUCAACUCUACUCUCCACCAACAAAUCAUUGAUGAUGAGGGCCUGCACACCAUCUUUUGCGAGGCAGAGGCAAUCCUCAACAGUCGUCCCCUCUCCACAGUCUCCCCAGAUCCACAGGACUUAGAGCCGCUGACCCCAAACCACAUUCUCCUUCUAAAAACUCAACCCAUCAUUCCCCCUGGCACCUUCGAGAAAAGGGAUCUCUACGCCAGGCGCCGCUGGAAACAGGUCCAGUAUAUGGCUGACCUUUUCUGGCACAGAUGGACAAGGGAGUAUCUGGCGCUUCUGCAGGAAAGACAAAAAUGGACCCAAGUGAGGAACAACCUGCAGCCAGGAGAUGUGGUCCUGGUGGUCGACCCCACAGCCCCACGGGGCUCCUGGCCAUUGGGCAGAAUACUGGAGACUCGGCCAGAUGGAGGAGGCCUGGUCCGGUCAGUCAAGCUCCAAACAAAGACUUCAGUCAUCGAAAGGCCUAUCACCAAGCUGUGCCGCGUCCUGGAGGCUGAGGGCUGACUGGUCAGUCAUGGAGACCAGACCACAAGACACGCACAAGGGACGUAAUGUAUAUACUUUAUUUUCUCUCAAGGCUUUGCCUUUUGUUUGUUUAUUAUGGAAUAGGCUCCUUUUUUUUGCAUUAAAUUAAUGAAUGUGAUUGAGUCUGUAAAGAUCAAUCAGGGGCCGGUGUGUAGGAGCCAAAUAGAGAGCCAUACUUGAAUCUAUGUUUAUAUUGUUAUUUUUGAGUGAUUGAUUUGUGUAUGUCAGUGUGCACCGUUUGCAGGUGGUGAAAAGUUCCCACGCAGGCCUAUAAGGGGCAGGAGUGCGCUGGGCGCGUGAUUGACAGUCGGGCACCAGCAUACCGUCUUUGACCUCACCUGUCUGUAGACCUCACCUGUCUGUAGACCUCAGCUUUAUAUAAGCUACCAUUUAUUUUGUUUCCCGACUAUUCUGUUACUUGAUUAUUGUAAAUAAAACAAUCUUCAAUUGCGCUGCUGGAUCAGUUUGAAUUAGUGGAUGGAAAGCGGGAAAAGGAAGAAUACGUGACAAGGAAGGCGGUGUAUGGUGUGAGUCAGACAAGAUGCCCGCGCCACAAGUGGAACAAACAUUUGAAACA